AUGUUUGCCCUAUCAGGUAAUGCUACCCGACGUGACAGUAAUAUUGGUAUUCCACCGGAAGAAAUCAUUCAUAGUACUUGCGUUCCAGAAGUGAAUCAAAUUGUACCCAGUUAUGUAAAAUCAUGGAUGAUCAUAGCAGGACUGUUUAUCAUUAUGUGUUGUACUUCGAUUUACACAAUUUUUUUAUUUAAUACUUCACUUGAUCGACAUUGUCGUGAAAAUGGAUUGAUUCUUUCUCGGCAAACCAGAACUCUGACGGACUGGGGCUAUUCAGAUCGAUUUCGUGGUUGGGUUGAUGUUCAAGGACAAGAAGUAGCAAACGACUACGCGCGUUAUGUAGGCCCAAAUAAUGAAUAUCCAUUCGUUUGGUUAUCCAUCGCACUUGCUGGCUCCACCGAACAAUAUACUGAUAUUGGCCUUUACGAAGAGUGCAACGGCAUUGUUAGUCGCACAUCAGUGAAGCCCAGACAGAAACUUAUAGAAACAGAUAAAUUAGGCUUACCAGAUCGUUUUCGAGGUUGGGUGGAUGUGCAGAAUCAAGGCUUCGCUAACGACUACGCAUAUUAUGUAGCUCCAACGAUAGAUGAUCCUUACACGUGGUUGACUGUGGCUCUUGCUGGUUCAAAACAGCGCCGAACACCAAUGGGUUUGUAUGAAGAAAGAUUUGGUGUAGUCCGAAAGACCCAGGUGAAACAGGUUUCUGGUCAAACAACCGGAAUCAACUCUAGAUAUUAUAGAUUGAUUCAAACUCCUUCUAUUUCAAUAUCUGAAAACAACAAAACAAGUUAUUUAAAACAAAUUGACGAAUAUCCUGUUUAUAAGAAUCUUCUAAAAAAAAGGAAGAAUGCUUCGAUCAACGGCAGUGCUUUAGAAAUGUGGAAAGCGGUGAAAUCAAGACCUCUGCAACCGCAUGAAAUUUUAAAACUUAUGUCUGGAGUCAGAAAUAGUGCUUCGGAAGUCAACACCUUUUGCUUACAAAUAACUUCCGUUGUUAUUGCAUGCAGUUUGUUUUAUUUGAAGUAA